CGACUGGCCGUGCAGCGCGACGGAGCCGCCAAUUUCUUAGCAGCAACUCGCAUCACCGUCCAUGCCAGCGCGCCCCAGUGCACGACGAGGCCAAAUCAAGACGCAAUUCGGGCGAGAAGGGGGAGAAUUAAAAAGGGCUCCCAGUGCAGCACCCCCCGGUACUACAAACCCAGAAAAAAAAAGAGACGAGUAAAAUGGCCUCGCCGGCCAUAGCACUCCCCAACGGCCACGGCCUCCCUCCAGUCGUGCAGCUGGCCGCCAACACGAAUCCGAAUGCUGCCAUCUCCAGUCCCGACGCCGACGUCAAUACCGCGCAAUCUAUCACCUCCUCCACCAAGCGCAAACGCGAAUCCUCCGACGCAGCCGACAAGCAGCCAAAUGGCCUCAAUCCCCAUCGCACGGCCACCCCGGCCGCCCCUGCCGACCCUGCCUCCGUCGACGCGAUCAAGGUCGAUCAGCCGACGAUACGCAACUACUACGACGUCCUCCAGAGGUACGAUCCGACGCCUUCCGUCCUCAAACGUCCUCUUCCCAGCCCAGACGACUCCGCGGACGAGCCUCACGCGAAGCGUAAGCGGCCGGAUGACAUGCCGCCGCAGCCUUCUAUCUCCGAAAAGGUCGCGAAGGAGCAAUAUGCCGACUUAGAUAGUAUUAUUGUGGACAUAAAAUCGUCCAUCGACGACCAGCUGGCGCGACUGAGGAAUAUGGAGUCCGCACGGGAUAUCGAGGCCAACGACAUGGCCAUCGCCAGGCUUAUCGACUUCAAGCGGCAAGCCUAUGGGCUCUUUAAGAGAGAGAUAACCUAUCCCAAUCGCGUCAACGUCCCCGGCGUUCUCCAGACGCUGGAUUCGACCAGCGACCUCCUCUCCAACGCAAGCGGGAACAUGGUCUUGUCCGUAACCGGCGAGGCUAUGAGGGGCAGGCAGUUGUAUACCAGUCUCCAGCAGCCCGUCCCCAACCCCGAUGGCAGCGGAGCCACUAUCCGUCCGCUCCGGGAGAAUGGGCUGCCGGACGGGAUCAAGACGGCCAAGGCCAUACCGUUUUCCUUCCCGGCCGCCAUCGAUAAGGACAAGAAGUCUAAGACGCUGGGCGAGCUCUUCCCGCCCCCGCGCAACCUGCCCUCCCUCCAGCCUCCCAAGGCGCCCAAGAGCACCACCAAGGGCGUUCAGGUCGGAUGGCACCACCCCGAAUUGACAGAAAAGUCCAAGUACCGAGCCGGCUCCUACUUCAGCCAAACCAUCUCCGCCGGACGCUGGCUCGACUACAGCAACGCGGCGCCCCCGUCGCAGAUCAUGACGAAGCAGCGUGAGCGAGCCCUCAGCCUCGCCGGGAACAAGCCCUCGUCAUCCGACCUAGAGAUGUCCGAGAUGGAAUCUCUCUUCCGAGGAGCAUUCUCUAGCUUUGCGCCCUCCAAGGACGACUCGGCGGCUAUGAUCUCGUCGGGUCUCAUCAGCCACACCAUGUGGUGGCAGAGGGUGGGAAAGCGCAACUUUGAUCGCUUGGUCGAGAACGAAACACCGGAAGACGCCCCCCCCGAGGAAGCAACCAAGGAGAGCGCCGCCGUCGUCGAGGAAGUAGACGAAGAUCUGAUCAGAGAAGCUCUCGAAGACUGGGACGACAGCAUUGUCGACCCUAGUCUCGAACAAGCCUGCUGUCCAAAGAAGUCCGACGAAGAGAAAGACGUCGACGACAUACUCCAGGACGUGUCUGACAUGAUCCAGACGCUGAUCUCCUACCAGAAGAAUCGCAACCUUACUCUGCCGUCCCCGUCCAGUCAGAGUCGAUACGCAGCGGACCCGGCUCAUAGCGACAUGCUUACCAACGGUUCGCCAGUGCAGCCGGGCGAGGAGGAGAUGGCUACCUACCAGGCCCUCAAAGCCCAGCUGGUUGUGGUGAUUCAGAUGUUGCCGCCCUACGCAGUCGCGCGCCUCAACUCGGACAAGCUCGACGAGCUCAACAUAUCGACAAAGAUCGAGGUUCGGACCGAUGAGUACCAAGGCCUCAUGGAGGAGGACGAGGCGGCCGCUCGUGCCCGGGCCGCGACAGCCACUCCGGUUGCUGCACGGCCGGCUUCACAUCGAGCCUCGAGCUCGUCGAAUGCUAUACAGUAUACCCCUCAGCCUUACCAUCCGAAUCGCGCCCCGAUGCCGACCCCGCAACCGUACUUCGCCGCGCAGACGCCGAUACGACCGCCGCAACAGGCUAUACAGCGCGCGCCGCAAACGAUGCCGCCUAACUACACCCAACGACCCCCGUCGAACGCGGCCUAUCGGCCUACUCCUAACCACUAUCCUAAUGCGGGCUACCAGCAGCAGUUUCCGAAGCACCAGCAGUACGCACAGCCCGGUCCCUACGGGGGAACGCCGACGCAGCCACGUCCGCCAGCCUAUCAGCCGAUGCCAGGUUACCCUAACAUGGGAAACGCGACCCCCCAGCCUCGUUUCCCUGCAUACGCGCAGAACGCGCAGUCGCCGGUUUAUCACCAUCAGCCCUACCAACCGCCACAUCAGCAACCGCCGCAGCACAACACCCCGGCUCAUCCGCCUUACCCCCAGUACACCAAUGGUGUCGGGCCGCAGAGGACGGCAUCCCCGCACAUACCCCACCAGACACCCCAGCAUCAGCCUCUCACCCAUCUGGGGUAUAAUCCGGCUACGCCCCCGAGGCAAACGUCCUAUGGCAGCCAGCCGAAUAUGGGAAACGACCCGUCACGGCGCUACUACCCCCCCGCCGGGUCGCCUGGGAUGCCGAACAACCAAUUAAUGCCUCACAGUCAGCCGGUCCAGAACCAGCCGCCUCCGGGAACCUCGUCGUUCCAGACUUCUCUCAACCCUCAUCAAGUCCAGCAAGCAAUGGAUCAGGCCAAGGCGCGCUUCGAUGCGACAAAAAGCGCACAGAGGACAAAUGAAGGUAUGAGAAAUUCGAUGGCUGCGCAAGGGCAGGGGCAAGUCGGCGCCCCGGUAGGUCUCGGUGGCAUCGGUCUGGGGGGGGAUCCGUCGAGGCUGGCAGCCACCCGGGGGAGCAUCCCGGCCUAUCCGGCAGCCAGCCAGGGUCCCAACCCCCAGAUGAACUCGCCUAGGGUAACAAGCGCGCCCCCCAUAGCCAACGGGGUCCCGACGAUAGCGCCCACGCCGCCGCCAGCAACGAACGGUGUUCCGCCAGGACCCGCCAGAGAAGUUUAGUAUUCUUUCGCGCACCGAGACGGCCGUCCCAUCGUCCCCGGGCCACACAUGUAUAUCACAAUAGAAAUACCUACGCCGCUACUACGCGAUAG